UCAAUGCAUUUGUGUGCUGCAGAGUGCUGUGAUAGAAAGGAGAGUUCUGUCGACCAGGUUCAUCGGUGUAUUGAAAGCUGUUCAACUCCAUUAACCCAAGCUCAGGGAUUUGUGCAAAAUGAAUUGUCACAGUUUCAGGAGCGGCUACAACGCUGCGUAAUGGUCUGCCAGGACCGUGUUCGAAAUCAAGUGACUGCGGACACUUCAGAAUCACAGGACUCCUCCCAACGUGGUUCAUCGUUUUCCAUGGCCAACAGUGCAGGGAGUUUCAUGCGGCAAGCAGCUCUAGGGAUAGGAGGGGUUACUGUAUACAAGGCAGAGUUCGAGGGAUGUGCCAUGAAGUGUGUGGAUGACCACAUCAGCCUGAUGCCAUCCAUAAAGAAGAGAAUUGCAGGAGUUCUUGCCAAAAAUACCUAGACAUUUCUUUAUUUUAUUGUUAUUUUCUUUCGUUCUUUCAUUAACAGGAGAAUAUUGUGGCAAUUAAAGGUAGUUGCAAGUCAGGGAAGUCAAGUUUCAAGUUCUCUUUGAAACUCUUAAAACUUUAUUUCCUCUUGCUUCUUUUUCUAGUUGAUAUGAAUUAUCAUUAUCAUUCUCCAUAUUUUUAUUAUUAUGGUGAAUGUGUGGUUUUAUGAUCAUUUAAGAAAUUUUUAAAAAUUCUGAUUUGCCAUGUGUUGGGAGAGCAGAUUGUUGACUGCAUUGCAGAAGCAUUGUUGAUGCAAAAUGCUCCAAGACUAGGGUUGAUAUUAUUUUAAAUGUGGUAUUGAAAAUUCUGUUGUGUAGACAAACUUUGUUUAGAAAAAUGCAAGAUAAUUGUUUAUACUAGAUAAAAUAGUACAAGAUAUAUUUGAAUCUGAUAUUA